AAGUUAUCUGCUGUCAUGUACGUUACAAUGUCAAAAGUUGGUUAAUGAAUAAUUUUUAUUUGAAUAUUGCGUUGUUUAUCUAAAAGAAAUUAUACCACAAACAAGGUCGGAAUGGCUAAUUCUUCACCUGACCAACUGUAUGGCUACCUUACUCCCACUUUUAAUUAUUGUUAUGAUGACCCUGAAGGUUAUAUGGCAGAUUACCCGGACAGCGAUCUUUUAUCGGAAACAUCUUUUCCGCCAGCAGGUGGACAAAAUAUACGAGUUGGUCAUCCUGCCACUCAAGAACUCUAUGCAUGCGAUACCUUCCACUUACCCGAAACUUACUACGUAAAUACCCCCUUACCCAUACCUCCUCCUCUUCCGCGACGUUCCAGAGUGUCACCGGUCUACUGUCCAUGUUUCAACACCCCAAUUGACACAGAUUUUAGAGACCAUGAAAUAUAUGGUGCGCCACACCACCGAAUUCCGAAAAUUGCGCCUCGAAUUACCCGAAGGCAUCCUGUAGCAGUACGGACACCCAGGUACUUUCGACGCCCAAUGUCAAACAUCUGCAAGAAACCAUCGGUUCUGUGCCUACCGGUUGUUUCCCGACCUGAUCCCGCCGUAUGCCUUCGAAAUAAAAAACCAAUCUACCAGUAUGUACCGGCAGCAAAGCAUCUUGGUCGUCGCCACAGUUUGCCGAUGCAGACGCCUGUUGCUGUGAACAGGGAGCACGAAAAAGAACUGCACAUGACGCAAUCUAGUGUCGAUGCGGUUUUAGCACGCUAUGACACAAUUUGCGAAGGACAAGGCCCCGGGGAAAAUUGCGGGUCCAUUUCCAGUAAAUCCUCAAGAAAUCGCAAAUUCAAACCAAAGACACCACCAUCCCUAAAAAAAGAAUUUGUGAAAAAUAGAGCAGGGCGAAUGGAUGACAAGAACUCGCCGAGCAAAUUACCAGACGUCGAAGCUCUGGAGGUGGAAGACAUUACAACCGAGGUCUUAGAUAUGAUGCUGUCAGAAUUAAUAAAUUCUGGUUCUGAGAAGGAUGGUACCAAAGAUAAGCUACCCCCAAAAAGCUACGACGCAAGGGCUGCAGGAGAAGGAGCCAACAUUGGAAACGCUCAGAACACCGUCUUCCCCAGUUUCAAUUACCAAGAUAUUUCAAGGAACAUUAAAAAAUCGCAACCUUACAUCAACGCUACUUCGGCACCUACACCCUCAACUCCAAAAAGUUCCAAAGCGGAUGUUACAAAUGUCAAAAAGGAAAAUUGUGGCUCUUCCCUCUCCGCUGAAAACAGCAUCUUGGAGUUGCACCGCUCCAAAAGCUACAUUCUUAGUUUGAUUGAUAGAGCGCUAAGUAGAGAGCUUGGUACUGCAACCGAUGAAGGUUACCCGUCCAUACCAAAGGAGGUUAUACAAGUGAGCGCCCGUCAAGCGGCCGGUACCGUUAAGAAACAUGAUCGAAAUUGCGACAACGGUUUAUGUUUGCAAGUAACGCAAAAUUUAACAGAACCCCAUAAAGCUUUCCCCGAAACUGAACUGAAACAUGAGAGCUCCUGUAGCUGCAAUGUUCAAGACGAGCCCUUAUAUAUGAAGCAGCUACGCCAAUUAAAAUGGGGCCACUUGAAGCAUAUACAAAUGGAAGCGAGAAGAUUGGAAGAUCUGGAACGAUUUUUAGAUUCGUGCAGCUCCUCGCAAUCAAAUUAGGGUAAAUAGACGUCAAAUUUUAUGGAAACCAAAAUGAAAAUGGAAAUAAAGACACUAAU